AUGUUUAUCUGGGAUUGGUUUACUGGUGUGCUCGGUUUCUUGGGUCUUUAUAAGAAGUCUGGAAAGCUUUUGUUCCUGGGUUUAGAUAAUGCAGGCAAAACCACACUGUUGCAUAUGUUGAAGGAUGACAGGCUGGCACAACAUGUACCCACCUUACAUCCAACAUCAGAAGAAUUGUCAAUAGGCAAUAUGAGGUUUACCACCUUCGACUUAGGCGGUCACCAGCAGGCACGUCGUGUCUGGCGUGACUACUUCCCAGCCGUUGAUGCCAUUGUAUUUUUAAUUGACGUCUGUGACACUCCACGCUUCAAAGAAUCCAAGGAUGAGUUAGACUCUUUACUCACUGAUGAAACACUCAGUAACUGUCCCAUACUAAUUCUUGGUAACAAGAUAGACAAGCACGGGGCGGCAAGUGAAGAUGAACUUAGACAAUUCUUCAAACUAUAUCAGUUGACAACUGGAAAGGGCAAAGUACCAAGGGCAGAGUUGGCCGGACGACCACUGGAACUGUUUAUGUGCUCAGUGCUAAAACGCCAAGGUUAUGGUGAGGGAUUCCGUUGGCUGGCGCAGUACAUCGACUGA